CUUUGCUCCCCUGGCACCAGCUCAGCGCACGACAUGCUCGAAUUACGCGUCUGCCACCUCACCUCCUCCUCCUCGCCGUCGCGCGCCUCCACUGCGCUGCUCCCUAGCUCCCGAUCUUUUUCACCAUGGCGGCCCGCACGCUUCGUUCCCGCUUCUUUACCAACCCUUAUAUAUCCGCCUCAACCCCCAUAGUCCACCUCGUGACACCUAUAGCUUGCUCUCGCUCAACUAGGCGCGCGCAGACGCACACAAAUCGAGACGCUUCAGUUGCUUGCUUGGGGAACGGGAGGCAGAUACCUGCGCGCACCAUAGAUAGGUAGGUGCAUAGGUGCACUGCAGCAGCCGAAUUUGGGUGGGCACAUGUCAGUAGGUACCCAGAUAGAUGGUCGUGCCCUAAGGGUUCAUGGCUGAGCAGCAGCCGCCGGCUGCGUCGUCGACAUCGCCGCCGACCCACCAUUCUCCUUCCCCGGUGGUGCAAGUGCAAGCGGGCCGCCAGGCUUCGGGUUCGAGCCCGGCCUCGCCUCAUUCUCCUUCUCCGGUGGUGCAGGGCGACGGCGCGGCGGCGGCGGGGGUGGUAGUUGCCGCGGCGCCGGGGAUGGCCACCGCGACGAGCUCGGGGGAGCCGUCGCCGCGGUCGUCCGGGAAGCACGCGUUCUACCGCGGCAUCCGGUGCAGGAGCGGCAAGUGGGUGUCGGAGAUCCGGGAGCCCCGCAAGGCGCGCCGCAUAUGGCUCGGCACGUACCCGACGGCCGAGAUGGCCGCGGCCGCCUACGACGUCGCGGCGCGCGCGCUGCGCGGGGCCGACGCCGUGCUCAACUUCCCCGCCGCGAUCGCCUCGCGCCAGGCCCCAGCCUCCGCGUCCCCCGCGGACAUACGCGCCGCGGCGGCCGCCGCCGCGGCCGCCGCGCAGCUUGAGCACCCGCCGCAGGGUGGCGAGGCUGCGGCCACCGCCGAUCCUCCCGCCGCCGCGCGGGACCAGCACCACGGCAUGGGCAGCGCUGCAGCCGACGCGGCGGGCUACGCCCAGCAUCAGCCGGGAGUCGGCGGCAGCGACGAGUUCAUGGACGAAGAGGCCAUCUUCGAGAUGCCGCAGCUCCUGCGGAACAUGGCGGCGGGGAUGAUGAUGAGCCCGCCGAGGCUCAGUCCCGACACCUCCGACGAGUCUCCGGACCCGUCGGAAGCCGGGGAGAGCCUCUGGAGCUACCAUGACCCCUAGAUCGCAUUGCUCAAGUGCACGGCUAGGCCAUGGCCUAGCGUGGUAAUAAUACAAAACUAUUGUGAACUACUAGUACAACCAGUAGCGAACGGAAUUGAUUAUGGCAACUACAGGGAGCAGGAGGUACGCAUACAUGGACCCCGGCCGUGCAUCGCAGCAGCGUCCUCAAUCCGGUACUAGAAGUGUAUGCCAUAUAUAAGCGUAGUGUGUGACCUGCUCGCUAGUAACAGUACUAGUUACCGGAGCAUCCAUUUCAAGCAGUGCUAGUACUACCCUUUCCAAAUUUUUAUAAUUUUCCAUUUCUCUCAUUCUUUCGGUAUUCAUCUCCUAUUUCUAUUUUGAAGUGAUUCGAAAUGAUUGAGCAAAGCCCAAUUGUUGGUGCAAUUGGCGUGUUUUCUAGUUUUGGUGUAAGAUCAAUCCAGCACACACGUUUUUGAUGUGCCAAGUGGAUCGUAGGGGCGACCCUACUACAGUAUA